AUGCCACCCGAACGGACCUCGAUCUGUGAAACAUGCCGCCAGAAAUUCAAAAGUCGCGGACUUGCUGCCCAUCAAAAAGCCUGCAGGAGGGACGCUACACGGAUGCAGGAAGAUCUUGAGAGACAGAAUGCUCGAGCAGGUCUAUCAAAUGAUCAUGUCCUUCCACCUGCAAUACAGCAGGAUGAUAUCAGGACAGAGUAUCAUCCACGUAGUGGCAUCCCUACAAAGACUGAUCACUUUGCCGAUUUUCGCUGCAACACUGCUGCUCCCUCGCUCGCACCUGAAAAUACCACUCCCUGGGAACCGUUUUCCUCGCGUAUUGACUUCGACUUUGCUGAACUGAUUCUGAAAGCCAACCUCACGAAACUGCAGACGAACGAACUCAUCGGUCUCAUCCGUCGUGCUGCGCUUGAAAGAUUCUCAGUCACCGACUAUGACGGCAUCUGUAAGCUGUGGGAUGCUGCAUCUUCACGCCAUGCAAAAUUCAAAAAGGAAGUGAUUUCGGUCCCACAUAGGGACCAGGAGCACAACUUUGAUGUCUGGUAUAGGCCGCUCUGGGAUUGGGCAUGUGACUUGUUGAAAGACCCUCGCCUUGGUCCGCAUUUUGUGUUCGAUGCUCAACGGUUGUACAAAUUUGACGGACAAGACUUUGUACGUUUCUUUGACGAGCCAUGGACAGCUAAUGCCUUUUGGGAUUGUCAAUCAUCCUUGCCGAAGGAUGAAGGAAAGCCCUUUGCUUUCAUUAUAUAUGCUGAUAAGGCAAAGCUCUCCUCGUUUGGUCGUCAAAAGGCAUAUCCCGUCAUUGCACGAUGUGCGAAUUUACCUGUGGGAAUACGCAAUGGUGAAGGUUUCGGCGGCGGUCGCCUUGUAGGCUGGCUUCCGAUUGUCGAAGAAGACAGAAAGUAUUCCGGGACUCAGUCCUUUGUCAAUUUCAAGAAUGUCGUCUGGCACGAAUCAUUCAAGCGUCUUCUCAAAUCAAUUGCGCUGCUCUCGAAAACCGGUUGUUGGGUCAUGUGUUGGGAUAACAUCAAGCGUCUCUUUUACCCGCUUAUUCUCAUUUUAUCAGCUGACUACGAGGAGCAAUGUGUUAUGGCAUUGAUACGCGGAACCAAGUGCAAAUGUCCUUGUCCCGUUUGUCUCGUUCCUAGAGAAGAGCUUGGGAAUGUACUGACAUCGUACCCACUGCGAACAAGCGCUUUCAGUCGACAAGAAGACAAAGAAAAGUUAUUAAUGUCUCAAGGCCUCCGAGACGUAGACAAUGCAUUUUCAGAUGUUGCUCACACAGACGUCCAUUCUGCAGUCUCAUUUGACCGCUUACAUGUAAAUAAUGAAGGUAAUUUUUCUGACCAUUUGUGGACUCAGUUUCAGGAACACAUCAAAUCAGUUGGUCGGCAGAUACAGUCUGAAAUCGAUGUACACUUUGACUUAAUGCCUCGUUGGCGCAACAUCAAUCAUUUUAAGCAUGUCAUGGACAUAUCAUUUUCUGACGGCUCGAAGUAUGAAGAUAUCUCUAAGCUUAUCGUAUUUGCCGCACAUGACAUCAUUGACCGAGGCACUCACACACUCCCUUAUCUGCUCCUUCGAUGCAUCCGUGAAUACGUGAACAUCGACAUGUAUGCUGCUCUUGAAGUGCACACAUCGGAAACCAUUGCUGCGGGCCGUCUGGCCAUAACGGAGUUCACACAACUAUUGGAGCGAUAUAGCGCAAAAGAUGACUCAGGAAAGAAUUGGGCAUACCCGAAACGGCAUGCAUAUGCCCACCUGUUCGAUGAUAUUGAAGCAAAGGGUGCUACGCAGAAUACUAACACCAAGCCAAAUGAGAAGUGUCAUGGCCCAAUCAGACAGAUUUAUCUUCGGCGGACGAACUUCAAAAAUAUUGCUGAACAGGUACUUCGCCUCGACCAUCGCUUCCUCAUUGCGCAUUCAAUUCGUUUGGAUAUCGAGGAUUAUGAUGACCUCAUUGUGUCUCAAAAGGACCCUUCGUACUUGAGUGGUGUGGACAAUGAUGAAGACCUCGACAAUGACUUGGACGUCACACUUCAUGUUAAGUUGGGUGCAGCGCAAAACGAGCAAACAUUUGCGGCCUUGGAGCAAGAGCAUGCAAGCGAUAAUGCAUUCAAUCGAAUGCAGGUAACCGAGCAUCGCUUCGUAAAGGUCAACUAUGAGUCCAUUGUGGACUGGCGCACUGCUACAGACUAUCUUCGAUGUAGUCCCUCAUUUCACAACUUCCCUCGAUAUGACUGCGUCAUCCUUCAAACUCAAGCCGGAGUGAUAUUUGGGCGUUUACUGAUGCUUUUCACUUGUGUCGUGGAUGGUCAAACUCAUCCAGUUGCUCUCGUUCAUCCAUAUGAUGCUCUGGUUGGACAACGCUCUCUCAAAGAUAAACACUUUCAGUUCUGGCGUGUUCGUCAAAGACCAAGGAUCUCAUCCGAAUUUUUUUCAGUUCACUCAAUCAUCUGUGGCGCAGCACUUGCAGAAGAUCAUAGCAUCCAGGGUGAUUACCUGGUUAUUGACACAAUUGACACUGACAUGUUCUUGUGCAUGAAGGUGAUGCACAAGUCUGCCGGUCAUGUGGAAUGA